GAGUAGACUCGACAGAGUCCACACGUGCAAUACUUGACCACCAGUCCACCCUUCUUAUCUUACCCCGGCCUUCUUUUUUAUACAAAGCAGCUCGCAGCUAGGUCGAUCCAAUGUCUUCUCGCCUCUCUCGUCCACGUGGAUGUCAAUUUUCUGAGUAGUGCUCCACUUCAGCUCUGCGUCGAAUCCUUUUGUAACGGUUUUUCGCCAGAUCUGGAACUUGCAUUACGAUUGAGACAUUCUCUUACAACAUAUUUGUUGGUGUUUUUGGGGCUGGACUUAAAGAAUGGGGGCUGCACAAAGUACGGCCAUAGAAAUGGUUAGCACAUGGGAUGAAUUGGAGAAGAAACUAAGUGAUCCAAACGCAACGCCAAUGUCUCUUCCACUAGAAUUUUUGAGAUCCAUCACAUGUGAUUUUUCCACUGAGAUGGUACUAGGCGAAGGUGGGUACGGAGUCGUUUACAAGGGAAUUCUUCGAAGUGGUAAAAUUAUUGCUGUCAAAAAACUUUUCGAAAUGCGCCUAAGAGAGGCCACAUAUCAGAAGGAAGUAGGUUAUCUUAUGACAAUUAAGCACCAAAACAUAGUACGACUUAUAGGUUACUGUGCAGAAUCAAGCUGGAAAGCAAUAGAGGAACCAACAUGGAGUGGGAAGUAUGUUUUAGCUGAAAUGCCAAAAAGGUUUCUGUGCUUCGAGUAUAUAUCUAACAAAAGCCUCGACAAGCAUAUUUCUGACGAAUCUUUGGGACUUGAGUGGAGUAUGAGAUAUGAGAUAAUUAAGGGGAUUUGUAAUGGUUUACAUUUCCUUCAUGACCAGUGUCGUAUCGUUCAUUUGGACCUUAAGCCUGAAAAUAUAUUGAUGGACCCUACUAUGACACCGAAAAUCGCGGAUUUUGGUUUGUCGAGGAUCUUUGGUGAAAAGCAAACGCGGAUUAUUACUGAUAGUCAUGAGGGAACAUGUGGAUAUAUGGCACCCGAAUACAUAAACCAAGGUAUAGUGUCGAACAAGACAGAUAUCUUCAGUCUUGGUGUCAUAUUUAUAGAGAUAAUCACAGGCCAUAGAGACUACCCAUAUUUCCAACAAGAAUGUCACCGCAACACUGCCAAAUCUUUGCACCAGUUCACAGAGAAAGUAACUAGAAGCUGGAUGAACAAAUUUGUAUCCACACCAAAUUAUAAACCAAUUGAAAGAUAUACCCAACAAGUAAGACAAUGCAUCACAAUAGCCCUAGAAUGUGUGGACCCGAGCAUGGAGAAAAGACCCACUAUAGAGGAAAUAAUCAGAAUGUUUAACACCGUAGACCAGGUCACCACAAGCUAUUGCAAGCUUCUUGAUGUCCACCCACUUGAACUCUACUUCCCCGUAGAACCCAACAAGUUAAUCGCAGGCUCGUUGCACCUCACAAACAACAAAGAUAAACAAGUGGUGUUUAGGCUUGUGGAGAUGAACCAGAAAUAUAACCAUGAGUGCUUACUAAAUCUGCCACUAUACAACAUUGUGCCCCCAAGGUGCACUUACACUCUGGUCAUAACAGUAACACCAGGUAAAAUGGAAACUAUGCUAAAACAAAGAGAUGUUGAUUUAGUCCUACAAGCUGUUGCAAGUGAGAAGUAUAUCACGCCUUCUGGAUAUGAUUAUGGCCAAUAUUUUGAGAAAGCCAAAAAGGAUAACGAAGUGCAUAAGUUGGCAUUGAAAGCUAUUUAUGAUCCACAACUGAAAACGUCUUCUGAGGUGAUCUAUAUAAUGUUGACCGGGGUUUUAUUGGAUCAGUUCAUAUUAGUGGAGAAGACUCCAAGGAUCAUGUACUCACUAGAUAUAAAUCGGACAGAACCAUGGAUUAUAACGGGCCAUCAAGAUGGAUAUAUUGAUAUAUGGAAUUAUGACACGUGUAAAUUGGUGGCUUCAGUUAAAACCGGAGAUGGCUGUCCAGUUUAUACCAUUAAAUUUAUCGAACGAAAGCAAUGGUUUGUUGCUGGGUCAAUGGAUGGUUUCAUAUGUGUGUAUAACUACAAAACAGAAGUUCAGAAAAUUACGAGUUUCCGUUCGGAGACAGAUGCGCGCCUAUACCGUGUCAGCUCACUAGCUGUGCAUCCAACCAAGCCGUAUGUCUUGUCAUCAUGUCAUCCGUAUAUAAAGCUUUGGAACUGGGAAAAAAACUGGGAGUGCAUACAAAGAUUCACGGAACAAUCCCGUUCUACGGAUCAACUCACAUUUAACCCAAAGGACGCCAACAGUUUUGCUAGUGCUUCGAGCGAUCACACAGUAAAGAUUUGGAGUCUUGAUUCACUGAAACCUAAGUAUACUCUUCUCGGGCAUUCCAACAGAGUGAACUGCCUGGAUUUCUUCACACGUGAUGAUCUACAAUACUUGAUUACAGGUUCUGAUGAUAAAACUGCCAAGAUAUGGGACAUGCAGACAAAAUCAUGUAUCUAUACACUUGAAGGUUUCGUGUCUCCGGUCAUUUCAGUCGUUUCCCAUCCCAGUCUUCCAGUUUUAGUUACUGGUACAUUACAUGGUGCUAUUUAUUUGUGGAGCUCCACUAAUUUCAGGCUUAAGAGGAUCAUCAACAUUAGCGGUUAUGGAUAUGCUCAUGGUCUUGCAUGUUUGUUGGGGUCAAGAAGGGUUGUGAUUGCAAAUGAAUCGGCACUAUCGAUAAUGGAGGUCCAUGACGAAGAACCAGUUACUAGCUAGGCAGCAAGGGAAACUCCAUAGGAGCGUAGAUUAGAAAAUCCAAAACAUUCUAGCUUCAUGGCAAAGAAACCACUGCAGGAACUUUGUUUCAACUUGGUACGGUGGACAGACAUGUAUGGUACUCCCUCUUUUCCAAAUUAGUUGUCAUGCAUGGUUUUGAUCUAUGUAUCUGUUAUGAAUAGGCAACUUGUAUUAUCUGGGGCCAAAGACCAACACUGAGUUUGGAGAGUAAGAAGUCAUGCUGCGCUCGAGUCUGUGCCUUCGUAAAGAAAUCCGCCAACUGCAAAUCUGAAGGCACAUAAUGAACCGCAACAACCUCAUCCUGCACCUGAGCACGUGUAUAAAAAGCAUCAACACCAAUAUGCUUGGUCAGCUCAUGCUUGACCGGAUCACGUGCAAUACUGAUAGCACCUGUACUGUCAGACAAAAGUGGAGUGGGUGUCGUGACAGAGACCCCAAAAUCUGCAAGCAACCACCGUAACCAAGUCACCUCAGCAGUCAACAAGGCCAUAGCUCGCAACUCAGCCUCAACACUCGAACGGGAAACCGCUGUCUGUUUCUUCGUCUUCCAAGCAAUGAGCGAACCACCAAGAAACACACAGUAAGCAGAAAGGGAACGACGAUCUGUAGGAUCACUCGCCCACGUAGCAUCCGAGUAGCACUGAAGCUGGAGGGAGCUGGAACGAGGAAAGAAAAGGCGACGAGUGAUCGUGCCACGAAGAUAGCGAAGAACACGGAGGAGAUGACUAUAGUGAACAGUGGUAGGAGCUGAGACAAACUGACUCAGAAUAUGAACAGGAUAAGAUAUGUCAGGACGAGUGACAGCAAGAUAAACAAGACUCCCAACAAGAUGGCGAUAACGCGUCGGGUCAGGAAGGGGAUCACCAUCAGUAGGACGAAGCUUAACAUUAAGCUCCAUAGGAGUCUCAACAGUGCGCUCAUCCCCAAGAGCAGCACGAGCAAGAAGAUCCUGAAUAUACUUUUCCUGGGAGAUAGAAAAGCCAUCAGAAGUGGAGGAGAUCUCAAUCCCAAGAAAGUAGCGGAGAGGACCAAGAUCAGUCAUAAGAAACUGAUCACGAAGACGAGCCUUAACAAAGGCAAUAUACUCAGGAUCAUCACCAGUAAUGAUCAUAUCAUCAACAUAGAGAAGGAGAAGAGUGCGUCCACGAGGAGAAGUGUGAACAAAUAGCGCUGGAUCAUGAAAGCUAGGAGAGAAACCAGCAGCAAUCACCACAGAGGCAAAGCGCUCAAACCAGGCACGAGGGGCCUGUUUCAGGCCAUAAAGAGAACGCCGAAGACGACAAACCAUCCCAUCGGGAACAGAAUACCCAGGAGGAGGCUGCAUGUAAACCUCCUCACUCAAUUUUCCAUUGAGGAAAGCGUUCUGAACAUCAAGCUGAGACACAGACCAGUGUCGAACAGAAGCAACAGCAAGAAGAGUGCGCACAGUGGUCAUAUGAGCCACAGGGGCAAAUGUCUCAUCAUAGUCACGGCCGUGCUCCUGCUGAAAACCACGAGCCACAAGACGCGCUUUAUAGCGCUCAAGAGAUCCAUCAGAGCGGGUCUUAAUUUUAUAGACCCACUUGCACGUGAUGGGAUGAACACCGGGAGGGGGAGAAACAAGAUCCCAGGUGCCAGUGCGCUCAAGCGCAGCAAUCUCCUCAGCCAUGGCAAGCUGCCAUUCGGGAUGACGCUCAGCAUCCCGAUAAGAAGUCGGCUCGAGGGCAACAGAGAGACCGUACUGACUAGGAGAGUAACGAUCAGGUGGACGACGAAGACGAGUCGCCGGAAGAGGAGAGGGAAGCUCGGCGGAAGAAGAAGAAGAAGAAGACAUAUCAGAAGAAUAAACUUCAGGAGGGGAAUCCAGAACAUGAGAGCGACGAGAAUAAUGGAAGGGAAAAGGAGACAACGGUGAGGUGGGUGGAGAAUCAGGAGAAGAAGUAGGAGAACUAGGUGGGGAGGAGGGCAACGGGGUCGAAGGUGAGACAUCAACAAUAAUAGGUCCCGAAGGAGGAUCAAUAGGAACAGAGGGAGGUGUGUCAGGAAAAAGUAGAAAGGAGAUAUCCUCUAUCGGAUAGGUCAAGGAGGUGGGGCGAGGAUAGAAAGGACGCGUCUCAUCAAACGUGACAUCACGAGAAAUGCGCAUCCGACGACCAACGGGGUCCCAACAGCGAUAACCCUUAUGCUCAUCACUGUAUCCAAGAAAGACACACUCAACAGACUGAGCGGUCAGUUUGGUGCGUUCACGAGGGGCAAGAAGAACAUAACAAACGCAACCAAACGAACGAAGCGCCGAGUAAUCAGGAGGAUGGCCAGAGAGGCGCUCGAGAGGAAUACCACCCUGCAGAGCAGCAGUGGGUUGAAUAUUGAUGAGAUGGGUGGCAGUGGAAACAGCCUCAGCCCAAAAGUGAGGCGGAAGAGAAGCGGCAAUCAUCAACGCACGAGUCGUCUCAAGAAGGUGACGAUGCUUGCGCUCAGCCACACCAUUCUGAGCAUGAGCACCAGGACAAGAAAACUGAGCAAGAGUACCCUCCUCAGCAAGAAAAGCGCGCAGUGAAUGAGAGAUAUACUCACCAGCAGAAUCUGCACGAAACACACGAAUAGGAGUGGAGAACUGGGUACGAACCAUGGCAGCAAAUUUCUUAUAGAUAGACAAGACCUCACUACGAGAAGACAUAAGAUAUAUCCAAGUGUGACGAGAAAAAUCAUCUAUAAAGAGAACAUAGUAGCGAUGA